AGACAAUUCGACUCCUUGUCCUUCGGAGGUUCCCAUUACUCAUGCUUACUGCCAGGUGGCCAGUAUUUCUGUUCCUGGUUGCCGUCUGAAUGGAUCUGUUGACCUAACCUUUUGUACGAAACUUCCUUCCUCGGUUCCUCUCUACUUAUCGUGACCGACUCGACUUGCAGUUUACGAUAACAAGCUUGCUUCGAAGCUGUGGGCCGGAGCUUUGGAUUGUCGCUUGUUCAACAGGUGAUCCUUAGCCCCUCAGAAUACACACUAAAUAAGACCUUUGUCUUUCUCAUACUUCAAGAGUGCUUUCUAGACUCUGUUCAUAGACUUUACAGACAAUGGCGUCCCCUAGCCGGCAACGGAGCGUAGCUCCGAUGCGCCUUUUCAGCUCUCCAGUACUUUCCUUCCUCAUCGUUCCUUUCCUCGUCUUCUUCCUCAGCUUUCCCGCUUCCGCCGCCGCCGCGGGCUCCGGCGUGAUUGGUAUCGAUGUAGGCACCGAAUACUUCAAGGCCGCGCUCGUCAAACCCGGAAUACCACUUGAAAUCGUUCUUACCAAGGAUUCGAAACGCAAAGAAACGGCCGCUAUCGCAUUCAAACCCACUAGAGAAGCCAAUGCUCCGUUCCCCGAAAGAUUCUACGGCGGCGAUGCGCUUGCCCUUGCAGCUCGGUAUCCCGACGACGUGUACGCGAACCUGAAGAUACUCCUCGGACUUCCCUUCGAAAAUGGAGAGAACGAAGUCGUCAAGACCUACCAUGAUCGCUACCCUGCUCUGAAGCUGGAAAGCGCUGGUGAGCGGGGCACCGUUGGACUGCGCAGCAACCGGUUGGGCGAGGCGGAGAAGAAGGACGCGUUUCUGGUCGAGGAAAUUCUGGCCAUGCAACUGAAGCAAAUCAAGGCGAACGCUGAUGACUUGGCUGGUAAAGGCUCAGACAUCAAGGAUGCUGUCAUCACCUACCCUUCGUUCUACACCGCCGAGGAAAAGAGAAGCCUGCAGUUGGCAGCGGCGCUGGCGGGUCUCAACGUCAACGCCUUUGUCACCGACGGACUGGCCGUUGGAUUGAACUACGCAACCAGCCGUACGUUCCCCAUUGUCUCCGACGGACAGAAACCCGAGUACCACGUUAUCUUCGACAUGGGUGCCGGCUCAACCACCGCCAGCGUUCUGCGUUUCCAGGGACGUUCCGUGAAGGACGUUGGAAAAUUCAAUAAGACCAUUCAUGAGAUCCAUGUCUUGGGUGAAGGCUGGGACAGGUCUUUGGGAGGCGACUCGCUGAAUGAUCUUAUCGUCGAUGACAUGGUCGCGGCUCUGGCUGAAGACAAGAAGUUGAAGGACCGCGUCACCGUUGCGGACAUCAAGGCUCACGGCAAGACCAUGGCGAGGAUCAGGAAGGACGCCGAGAAGGUCCGCCAAGUCCUCAGCGCUAACACCGAAACCGGUGCGUCGUUCGAGAGCCUUUAUGAAGAGGGCCUUAACUUCAAGUACCGCAUCACGCGCUCCAAGUUCGAAGAGCUUGCUGAACAACACAUCGCACGCGUUGGGUCACCCCUGCAACAGGCAUUGGCCGCUGCUGGAAUGCAACUUAGCGACAUUGACUCUGUCAUUCUUCAUGGUGGAGCCAUCCGCACGCCGUUCGUUCAGAAGGAACUGGAACGCGUCUGCGGAUCUUCAAAGGUUCGAACCAGCGUCAACGCGGAUGAGGCCGCUGUGUUUGGGGCUGCCUUCAAGGGUGCCGCUCUUAGUCCCAGCUUCCGCGUCAAGGACAUCCGAGCAAACGAUGCCUCUGGCUACCCCGUGGUAUUGAAGUGGCCUUCUGAGAACAAGGAAAGAAAGCAAAAGCUCUUCACCUCUACCUCCCAAGUGGGGCCUGAGAAGCAGGUAACCGUGAAGAAUUUGGAUGACUUUGACUUCAGCUUCUUCCAUCAGAUCACUGUCGGUGACAGUGUGGUUGAGUCGCCCCUUCUGGGCGUCCACACCCAGAACCUCACUGCUUCUGUUGGAAAGCUCAAGGAAAACUUUGGCUGCUCGGAGGCAAACAUCACCACCAAAUUUUCGAUCCGACUCAGCCCCGUCGACGGUCUCCCAGAAGUUGUCAGUGGCUCCGUGAGCUGCGAGGUGGAGAAUGCUAAGAAGGGAAUUGUCGAUGAUGUCAAGGGUUUCUUCGGCCUCGGAUCGAAGAAGGAUGGCCAGGAGCCGCUCGGAGAAGACGGCGAGGCCAAGGAAUCCAUCACCUUGGAGCCAGAGGAGCCUCAGGCGUCCACGACAUCGUCCGCUGACGAGACCACUUCCACCGCGUCUGCCAAGGAGAGCAAGAAAGCCGUGCCUCAAAUCAAACUGGAAUCGAUUCCUAUCAGCUUUACUUCCGCUCCCUUGGGCGUCCCUGCGCCUUCUGCGGAUGAGCUCGCACGUAUCACGAGUCGCCUCGAUGCAUUUGAUACCUCCGACCGCAAUCGUUUCCUGCGCGAAGAGGCCCUGAAUGAGCUGGAGGCCUUCAUCUAUCGAACCCGUGAUCUGACUGAAGACGGAGAGUUUGUCAAGGUGCUCAAGGCCGAUCAGCUAGCUGCCCUCAAGGAGAGGACCACCACGGCCAGCGACUGGCUCUACGAAGACGGCGCUGACGCCACCACUGCGGAGUUCAAGGAACGAUUGAAGGCACUGAAGGAUAUUGUCAACCCCGCACUCAAGCGCAAGAGCGAAAAUGCGGACCGUCCGGCACGCGUUGAGACUCUGCAGGAUGCGCUGAAGAAUGCCAAGACGGUGAUCGAUGUCAUGCAGAAGCAAAUCGACCAAGAUGAGGAACUCUACUCAUCUAGUGCUAGUGCUUCGUCCGCCAGCGCCACCGAGUCCUCCUCGACCACUUCUUCCAGCGACUCGGCAUCGACAUCUGACUCCUUCGAAGACCUUGAGGAAGACCCUUAUGCGUCUUCUUCCUCCACCAAGACCACCACCUCCACAAAGCCCCAACCCACAGGACCCAGAUACUCCGUCUUCCAGCCCUCCGACCUCACCGGUCUCACCAAAACCUACGAAUCGACCAACACCUGGUUCGAGGAGCAGCUCGCCGCGCAGGAGAAACUGACCAUCUCCGACGACCCCGUCCUCGUGGUGGCUGAGAUUGAACUCCGCCUGAAGGAGCUUCAGCGCAACAUGAACCGCAUCUACGAGAAGAUGGGCGCCGCGGCAGCGAGAUCCGGAAAGGGUUCCUCCAAGGACCAGCCACCCAAGAAAAAUGACAAGAAGGAGAAAGAGGCCGAGAAGGAGCAGAAGCCGAAGAAAGACCCCAACUAUAAAGACGAGCUUUGAACGAUACAGUCGCUUUACGUCAUUUGAUUCCCCCUUUACCCAUACAGGUCAAAUCGUUGGAGUUGGGCAUGAGCGUUCUGUUCCUCUUUUUCUUUUUCUCGAUUCUCUGAUGCUUGCAUGCAUUUCCUUCCUCCGCUUUUUCAGGAUGCUGUACUGAAGCUCUAGAUGGUUUCUUUCGGCUUUCUCUGAACAUCCUGAUAUCAUCAUUAUAUAUUAUUAUACACUACACUACAUCGCACUACAUAUAUCUCCUGACCCUGUUUUGACCUUAUCUCCCUACCUGUUCUUUUACGACUAUGAUUGCCUAUAUCGUGUGCCCUGUGCUUUCUCUCUCUGUCUGUACGGAGUAUUUCCGGUGCCUGUUCUGUAUGUAAACUAGAUAGAGGUUCUAUCGUGUUUCAAAAAAAAAGAAAGUAUUCCUGUUGAAAUGAUACAAUAU